UCUACAUCUCAACCAUCUCAACCCACUACAUCUCAACCGACUCAACCCACUACAUCUCAACCGACUCAACCCUCUACAUCUCAACCCACUACAUCUCAACCGACUCAACCCACUACAUCUCAACCCACUACAUCUCAACCGACUCAACCCACCUCAUCUCAACCGACUCAACCCACUACAUCUCAACCGACUCAACCCACCUCAUCUCAACCGACUCAACCCACUACAUCUCAACCGACUCAACCCACUACAUCUCAACCCACUACAUCUCAACCGACUCAACCCACCUCAUCUCAACCGACUCAACCCACUACAUCUCAACCGACUCAACCCUCUACAUCUCAACCGACUCAACCCACUACAUCUCAACCGACUAAACCCACUACAUCUCAACCGACUCAACCCACUACAUCUCAACCGACUCAACCCACCUCAUCUCAACCGACUCAACCCACUACAUCUCAACCGACUCAACCCUCUACAUCUCAACCGACUCAACCCACUACAUCUCAACCGACUCAACCCACUACAUCUCAACCGACUCAACCCACUACAUCUACAUCUCAACCGUCUCAACCCACUACAUCUCAACCGACUCAACCCACUACAUCUCAACCCACUACAUCUCAACCAGCUCAACCCACUACAUCUCAACCGACUCAACCCACUACAUCUCAACCGACUCAACCCACUACAUCUCAACCGACUCAACCCACCUCAUCUCAACCGACUCAACCCACUACAUCUCAACCGACUCAACCCACUACAUCUCAACCAUCUCAACCGACUACAUCUCAACCGACUCAACCCACUACCUCUCAACCGACUCAACCCACUACAUCUACAUCUCAACCGACUCAACCCACUACAUCUCAACCCACUACAUCUCAACCCACUCAACCCACCUCAUCUCUCCCACUCGUGUAACAGUCCCUGAGAGAGG